AUGGUGAGUGAUCCACACCCACCACUUCAUGAGUAUCAUCAGACGGGACAUCUCCUUGUUGGCGUGAUUGCUUCUCACUCCUUAAUUAUCCCAAGUCCAUUAGAAUUCACUGCAAAACCUCCACCGGCAUUAUUUGAAGAGCUGAGAUUUUGUACCGGAAAUUCUAUUAAGACCCUCAAACAGUUAUAUGAACUUGCACUGAACUGUAUCAAUCAGACUAGGAGCAAAGUAUUUACUCCUGGUGACAGGUGCAGUGUGAGUUCAGUGCCCAAGAAUUACCAGCACAUCCUGGCUUUGGUAUUCGCAGUAAAGGAAAUCAAUGAAAACCCUCGCAUCUUGCCAAACAUCUCCCUGGGCUUCCAUAUCUAUGACAGUUAUUUCACUGCCAGGUGGACUUACUAUGUUACAAUGCUACUUAUAUCCACGCCGGAGAGAUUUGUUCCAAACUACAAAUGUGACCGCCAGAAUAACCUAAUAGCAGUUAUUGGAGGACUGGAUGCAGACAUCUCUCGUUAUGUGGCAAUGAUCUUGAAUUUCUACAAAAUUCCACAACUCAUCUAUGGCCCUGCUCCAGUGAUGAAUGAUAAAACCCCAGGCCUUUCCUUCUACCAGAUGGCACCUAAUGAAGAUGUUCAAAAUGCAGGGAUUCUUGCUUUACUUCUGCUUUUCAGAUGGACAUGGAUCGGGCUUGUUGUUAUGGAUAAUGACAAUGGAGAAAGGUUGGUGCAAACGGUGUUUCCAAUGUUUUCCCAGAGUGGCAUCUGCUUUGCCUUCAUAGAAAAAAUCCCCCAAUAUACAUUUGUCAAUGAAAUUAAUAACAUGUUGCAUCAAGGAGACAAAAUAGUAGAUAAAAUUAUGAAAAGCAAAGCAAAUGUAGUAGUGGUAUAUGGAGAAUCUUAUAUAAUGGCGAUGGUUGCAUGGUCUGCAUUUUUUUUGGAACCAGAACAUGAUACAAAGAAAACAAGAAGUAAAGUGUGGAUACUAACAGCCCAGGGGGAACUGACUGCAUUUGUCUUCCAAAGAUCUUGGGAUUUACAAAUAUUCAAUGGUGUAAUUUGCUUUGCAUUCCACUCCAAUGAUCUACCUGCAUUUCACCAAUUUGUUACAAGCAGAAACCCUUCCGACACAAGAGGAGAUGGUUUCAUAAUGGACUUCUGGGAAAAUGCUUUUGGAUGUGUUUUCACAAACAGGUUUCUAAGUGAGAUAAAGGGGGAUAUUUGCACCGGAGAAGAGAAGCUGGAGAGUCUUCAGGCAGCCAUUUUUGAAAUGAGCAUGACUGGCCACAGUUACAGUAUCUACAAUGCUAUAUAUGCUGUUGCUCAUGCUUUACAUACUAUGUCCUCAUCUAGAUUCAAACAGAGAAGAAUGGUGGACAGUCAAGGAUGGACAUUAGAAACUCAUCAUUUGUGGCAGGCACGGCCUCUUUCUCUGUGUAGUGAGAUUUGCCAACCUGGUUCUAGCAAGAGAGUGAAGGAGGGGGAGCCAUUUUGCUGCUAUGAUUGUAUCCCAUGUCCAGAAGGGAAGAUUUCGGAUCAGAUGGAUGUGAAUGAGUGCUAUAAAUGCAUAGAUAAAAAAUAUCCAAACAGAAAAGGAGAUUCCUGCAUUCCCAAGGAGAUAAGCUUCUUGUCCUAUGAAGAAACUUUGGGAAUCAGUUUAGCCUUUAUUGCUGCUUCCUUUUCUUUGAUCACGGCUCUGGUGCUAGGCAUUUUUAUAAAGCACCACAACACUCCAAUAGUCAAAGCCAAUAACAGAGAUCUUACCUAUGCUCUCCUCAUCUCCCUCCUGCUCUGCUUCCUGUCUGCAUUGCUGUUCAUUGGACAUCCUGUGAAGGUGACAUGUCUCCUCCGGCAAACUGCUUUUGGCAUCAUCUUCUCAGUGGCUGUUUCUUGCGUGCUGGCAAAAACUACAACAGUGGUUCUGGCUUUCAUGGCCACCAGGCCAGGAUCCAGUAUGAGGAAAUGGGUGGGGAAAAGACUGGCCUAUUCCAUUGUUUUUUUCUGCUCUCUUAUUCAAGCAAGCAUUUGUGUUCUGUGGCUUGCAAACUCUGCCCCAUACCCAGAUGUUGACACUCACACAUUGGUUGAAGAAAUGAUCCUGGAAUGUAACGAAGGUUCGGUGACUAUGUUUUACUGUGUCCUGGGCUAUAUGGGGUUUCUUGCAACUGUCAGUUUCACAGUGGCAUUCCUUGCUAGGAAACUACCAGACAGUUUCAACGAAGCCAAGUUCAUCACUUUCAGCAUGUUGGUCUUUUGCAGUGUUUGGCUAACCUUUAUUCCAGCAUACAUGAGCUCUAAGGGAAAAUACAUGGUAGCCGUGGAGGUCUUUUCUAUCUUGGGCUCCAGUGCUGGGUUGUUGGGUUGCAUCUUCUCCCCAAAAUGUUUCAUCAUUUUGUUGAGACCUGAGCUGAACAAGAGGAAAAAACUAAUGAGAAAGAAGAACUGA